ACCGGCAUUCAUUGUACACUUUCUGUGAUAGUACAGUACAGGUGUUCCCGUAGCAACCAAUUCGUGUGGAUACACAUUUUUUUUCUACUUUACUAAUCAAUUUAAAAAACCUAAUUCAAAAUGUGUGACGAAGAAGUUGCCGCUUUAGUUGUAGACAAUGGAUCUGGUAUGUGCAAAGCUGGUUUUGCUGGAGAUGAUGCUCCAAGAGCCGUGUUCCCAUCGAUUGUUGGUCGCCCUCGCCAUCAAGGCGUAAUGGUCGGAAUGGGACAAAAAGAUUCUUACGUUGGAGAUGAAGCCCAAAGUAAACGUGGUAUUCUUACCUUAAAAUACCCAAUUGAACACGGUAUCGUCACGAACUGGGAUGAUAUGGAAAAGAUCUGGCAUCAUACCUUCUACAAUGAACUUCGUGUCGCCCCCGAGGAACACCCAGUACUUCUUACCGAAGCUCCACUCAACCCAAAAGCCAACAGGGAGAAGAUGACCCAAAUUAUGUUUGAAACUUUCAACACCCCCGCUAUGUAUGUUGCGAUCCAAGCUGUACUUUCUUUGUAUGCUUCUGGGCGUACCACUGGUAUCGUAUUGGAUUCCGGAGAUGGUGUAUCCCACACUGUACCAAUCUACGAAGGAUACGCUCUUCCCCAUGCCAUCUUACGUCUUGAUUUGGCUGGCCGUGAUUUAACCGAUUACUUGAUGAAGAUCUUGACUGAACGUGGUUAUUCUUUCACCACCACCGCUGAAAGAGAAAUCGUUCGUGACAUCAAAGAAAAACUUUGCUAUGUCGCUUUAGAUUUUGAACAAGAAAUGGCCACCGCUGCAAGUUCGAGUUCUUUGGAGAAAAGUUACGAACUCCCUGAUGGUCAAGUCAUCACCAUUGGUAACGAAAGAUUCCGUUGCCCAGAAGCUUUGUUCCAACCUUCGUUCUUGGGUAUGGAAGCUUGCGGAAUCCAUGAAACCACUUACAACUCCAUCAUGAAAUGCGAUGUUGACAUCCGUAAAGAUUUGUACGCCAACACUGUCUUGUCUGGAGGUACCACCAUGUACCCAGGUAUCGCUGAUCGCAUGCAAAAAGAAAUCACUGCUUUGGCACCAUCUACAAUGAAGAUCAAAAUCAUUGCUCCACCUGAAAGGAAAUAUUCCGUAUGGAUCGGUGGAUCCAUUUUGGCUUCUCUUUCUACUUUCCAACAAAUGUGGAUCUCCAAACAGGAGUACGACGAGUCUGGCCCGUCCAUCGUCCACAGGAAGUGCUUCUAAAGAGGAUUUGGAAGUUUGUAGCCGCAGCCGCUGUCGCCGUCUUCGUCACCGUCGUCGUCAUUCCUACAUGUGCAUUCCACGACAACAUUGUAUUAUAUCUGAGUUCGGGGCCCGCCGAGCCGGCACACGAGGUACUUCUAUAGCCGUGUUUUUUAUAAAAACAGCGAGUGACAAUUCCGCUAGGCCAAAGUAUUACUGUCUUAAUUUCUCUUAUUUUUUUUGUAAUU